CCACAGCGAGAAAGGAGAUGACGUCAGCGAGCCGCGGCCCCGGUUAGUCGCGCGAAGCGGGAAAGCAGUGGGAGGGGCAGGCUGCUCUCGAACCGGAAGAAAGUGUGAGAAAAAGAAAAAGCGCCGAAAAUCAACCAAAAAACUCCUGAAACAAUCGCGAGCCAUCCGCAGGAAUCAUGGCCGAUCCCAAGGACACACAAGAUGAGCACGAGACCUCCACGGAUCACGUAGACGAUUCGAACCACGACCCACACUUCGAGCCCAUUGUGUCGCUGCCAGAGCGUGAGGUCAAAACUCUGGAGGAGGAUGAGGAGGAGCUCUUCAAAAUGAGGGCGAAGCUGUACCGCUUUGCGAGUGAGAACGACCCACCAGAGUGGAAGGAGCGCGGUACGGGGGACGUAAAGCUGCUGCGCCACAAAGAGAGAGGCUCCAUCCGCCUGCUGAUGAGGAGAGACCGCACGCUCAAGAUCUGCGCCAACCACCACAUCAUGCCACUGAUGGAGCUGAAGCCAAACGCAGGCAGUGACCGGGCCUGGGUGUGGAACACACACGCUGACUUUGCAGAUGAAGAACCAAAACCAGAGUUGCUGGCCAUCCGCUUCCUCAACGCAGAGAAUGCACAGAAGUUCAAGGUGAAGUUUGACGAAUGCAAAGAGGAAGUCCGAAAAUCACUUGAAGAAGGUGGGAACAAAGCCAACAGUGUGGCAGAGAAACUGGAGGAGCUGUCAAUCAAGGAGGAGAAGAAGGAAGAAGAGAAAGAGAAGACGGAGGAGGAGGAGAAGAAGGAGGAGGAGGAGAAAUGAGUGUGGUUGUGGUUCUCCACCCCACCCCUCCUCGCAGCACUUCUCUUUUCUACAACAGACUCUGAAUACGACAUUCGGACACUUGGUCUCUAUUUUGGGUUCAAAGCUCUGUUUUUGUUAUUUUUUUUUAUUAUUUGUCCAUCAGAGACCUCGGCGUCAUUCUUAAUCCAUUCCUGUCUCUCUCCCUCUCUCUCACACACACACACACACACACACACACACACACACACACACACCUUCACACACUCUUGCACUCAUCUGCUUGUGAAUGGAUCACCUGAUCGCCCUGAUGGGGGUGGGGCUCAGCUCUGUCCCACAUCAGCUCGUGUUUAUUCUUUUCUGUACCCGAUACAGAGCGACAGGAAGUGAGUUUGGUCGACAGAAUGCUGGGGUUCUGAGGGAGAACCCGGGAGGUGAGGGUUCCUGCCUGAGUGGAGGAUCUGGAGAGAUCAGUGAAGUUCCUUCAGGCUUGGCGCUGCUCUGUGUGAUUAUAAACAAAUGGAGGAAAUAAAGAAAAGUUCACUUGA